CGUGAGUGAGUCAACAUUGCGAGUGUCCGUGGCUCGCCCCGUCAAAGUCACGACUUCAAAGUCACGGAGAACUAACCGGCAUCUGACAUCGAAAAUGACAGUAAAAUGAGUGUGACUAGUAGUAUAAUUUGGACGUUUCCGAACGCGAAGGCAGCCCGUUCUAACCCGUGAUUUCAAAGCGAGGCGAGAAGGCCAGAAGUCAAGUGAUGAUCCUCCAUUGCCCGCAGAAGUCCAGAACGAAAGGACGGCUCAUUACCGCCUCAACACUGCUCAGCUGGAUUCCACCCCGGAGUCUUAAGGCGUCGAAAGAUGCUCGUGGACGGGGCCCAGAAUCCAGAUGUCUUGACGCAUUAUACACGCAUGAUCAGGAAGUUGCCCAGACCAGACACUUCCCCACCGAAAUGGUCAAACCUAAACCAAGCCCCCUUAUAUCCGUGGCGAACGACCGUACCCCAAUCCCGAGGGACACUCCCUUGUCAUGCGCGCCUAGUGCAGCGAGCUCAUCAGUGGGCUCACUUACCGCUCAAGGACAAGACAUGGCGUUAGCAUACAUGCUCAAGACGCGAACUAUUGGCGGCGUUUACAGACGGUUGGAACUUGGAACGUCUGGCUUGCCACCUCGUCGAGCCCUUGUACGAUCUAUACCAGACCUGGCUGUGUGUUGGAGUAUGGUAGCCAGUCAUGAGUUCAGAAACCAAACAAGCUCUGUUGGUUGGAGAUGGAGGGGUUUGCUUGGACACUGGCGGGUCCACUCGUCCCUCGGGGUGCAGAAUGAGGGAUGUUGUAUGGACCGGAGUCUGACUGAAUCAUGCGACGCGGUCUGA